ACAAUCGUCAUUUUUCAACGGUCAGUUUUUGUUUCGCAUUUAACUCUCACAACCUUGAAAACGAAGAAAAGUUAAAAAAGAAAAAAGCAGAGGAGUACAGUUAGCUAAGCAGCCAACGGUCCCGAAACAUUUCAAAUAUGAAAAGGAAAGCAGAAGUAGCCGAACAAGAAGAAGAAGGCCAAGAAGCCAAAAAGAGGUUCAUCUUAAGUAACUGUAAAGUAGUAGAGUAUUUGGGUCCAUUGAUGUCGAAAUAUCUUCUCUUCAAGUUUCCAGACAACUCUGCUUUCGACUUUGAUUAUUCGCAGAGUUCAAUAUGGUCUCCUUUGGUUCCUCGGCUUCACAGUCCCAUGGAGUUGGACUCCGAUUUGAUUACACCAAGAAAGCUCUCUUUUGGAUUCGGAUUACAUUUGGGUAAUAAUAGUAACACAAGCUGCUCUUCCAGGAAAAUUAAAAUGAUCAAGCAAAAGAAGAAGAAGAAGAAGAAGAUUCUGGGCUCUGAGUUCUCUCCAGCUCCUAUUAAGGCUACCUGUGUUCCUUUUGCCACCAAGGGAUGGAAUAAGGUGCUAAAAGCGGCAUCUAAACAUUUCAAGAAAAAGAAUAAGAAAGAUUCUACAGGCCAUGUGAAGCUGUCCAACUUUCUCACUGAUUUUCAGCAUUGAGCUACUUGUAAUUGUUGCGAGAUCGUGUCAACUUUGUAUUGCAGGAAAGGGAAGGGAUGGGAUGUUAAAUUCCCAUAUGCCAAACAGUUCUUCUGUGAAUUGUCCAAUAUUUUAGGACCAUUUUAUUUAUUUAUUUAUUUAUUUAUUUAUUUGAAAUAAUGUAUGUUAGUUUGGUUAUUAUACAAAAUGGCAUUUCAUGCCAUCCCACUUUUAUUGUUUUCUAA